AUUUCCACAGAGCAUGUCCCGAAAACAGGCGGCCAAGGUCGCUAUUGUAAUAACAGAUGGAAAUGCCCCAAGCCGGUCCGACACUUUUAAGGCUGCAGACUUGUUGAAGAAACUGGGGGUCACUGUCUUUGCGAUCGGUGUUGGAAGUAGGAUUGACAGAGUUGAACUAGAUGGUAUCGCCUCUGAGCCAAGUUGCACCCAUAUCAGAAGCUUAGCCAGCUUCUCAGAGCUGGAUUCUAUUGUCUCGGACAUCACAGAAGGUGUCUGUAAAGCGGUGGUUAUCCCAGAGCCAAACAGCACAACCACCCACAAGUGCAGAGCACAAAAAACUCUCAAGAUUGAACCGAGCCCAGAGAUCAAUGUUUUUUUCAGCUGUCGUGUGAAUGCCGCUUCAAACCUGUGCAUCAAAAACUACCAGCAGCAGAAAUGCUCUGAUCUCGACUACGUGAGAAGUGGGGAUUAUGUGAAGGUCGAUGACAACGACAAAGCCAUACAGGUAUGCCAAGGUAGCUCCAUGGGUUACUUCCCCCACCCUGACACCAUCACCAAGUACGUGUACUGUGUUUCCAGCACUGAGGCUUACGAGGUCAACUGCCCAGCUGGCUUUGCCUACCUCCACUCACAACAAGACUGCACUGCAGCGGCCUCCACCAACAGAGACAAGGUCUGCCAAGUGUGUACCCAAGAGAACUUGGAGGUGGGCCAGAAAAAGUUCCCACUGGCCUCUAACAACCAGCAGUUCGUCAAUUGUAGCAGGGUGGACACCUGUGUGGUUUUGGAUUGUGGUGACAACACUCGCUACCUUCCGAAUGAGCAGAGAUGCUCGGAUCCUCCUCAUAACACAGGGAACUUUAUCCGUGGUUCAUUUGCAGCGAUGUGGAUUAUCUACCUUGUCCACAAUAUUAUCUAAACCGCAGGUAAACCUUAUUGGAUUUUCCCUUUUUGGUUUUAUUUGGAGGGAAUCAAAAGACAAAAAAAGAAAGAAAAAAAAGGAUGGAGGGGUAGCUUUUCUAAAAAAAAAAAGAGGGAUGGGGUGCGGUGAAAGGCGUUUACAAGACGCUAGGCCUAACGUAGAAUUACAACGUUCUAAUUGUUCUUACCUUGUUUUGAAAAAUUCGACGACAAGCAUUUGGAGUUUCACAAUACGUCAAGAUUUUCCGAAUGCAGUUCUUGGAAUAUCUCGAUUACGACGCCUUAUAAUUGAUUGAUUUUGGCUUUUUGCCUUAGAGUCUCAGCAACUCAAAACGGCCAAAAAUGCUUUUGUUUACGUUAUGCUAUCUGCUCUUAAAAGCUAAAUUUCAAUGAUUUACUUUUAGAUCAUUUUCUUCAUUAUGGUGUCCCAGAAAUGUAUAUUGUUUUCGUUUUUAAUCAAGCUCUAAUUAUUUCGUAUACAAUGAACACUAUUUCGGAAAUAAUUUGUUCAUUUUCCUUUUCUCUAAAGUCCAAAGUUCCAACUUAGAAAAAAAGGAAGCUUCGUUAUUAUUCAUGUUUUAAACAAUUUCGCAAUGCUUUAUAAUAAUAAUAUCAAGUUUCAAAGAGCUAUGUUAUCCUGAAUGCUUUUUAUUUCAUUUUAUCUACGUAUUUCUUUUCACACAACCAACACUAAUUAUUGUUUUAAAAAGUUAUUCAUGUACAACUGUCUGCUUUUACCAGGAGUAUAUUUAUUUUCAACAAGUAUCUUUUUAAAAUUCCUUACCAUUGUACCACAGAUUUCUAAUUGUCAUACUAUAUACCAUACUUUUGUGAUUAUAUUUAGUGCAUAAUUUGCAAACAGUCUUUGUCGUGUUACCUGUUUUACAUAUCGUUUACAUUUCUGUCUGUUGACUUAAUCUGUUGAUAUAGAACACAGUAGUCAAAUUCAAGGCCCAAAGGCCACAUACAACCCCUCGAACAAUUAAUUUUAUGUGGCCCCUUAGAGACUGGUUGCCAAGAAAAAGUGCCAAACAUCAGCUCUUACAAAUUGGCGUUAGAACGAAUAUUGGUUUGCUUUAGUAUUGUGUUAUUGUUGUAACUUUUGUCUCUUUUGUUUUAUAAUAAAAUUAUUG